AGCUAGCCACACCCCCAUAAGCCGCAGCCGCCCCAAAGCCCAAAGCCUCCCCCAGUUCCAAUCUGGAGUUGCCGCCGAGUCCCUCUGACGUUGGACCGACCAACCACAACCUCACCUCAUCUUCCUUCUUCUCUCUUCCAGCUGCGUUCGCAUUUCUCAGAGCCUUCGUUCGAGAGCAAAUCCUUUCUUAUGGUGGUUUCGCUUCUCUGCUGGCUUCUUGAAACAGUUCUGGGCUCAAAUUGUCGCCCGUGCUCAAACGACGAACUGCCAAACUGCCCUGGCUUCAUGUGUUCGCUGGCGCAAUUGGAAAUCAGCUCCAACCUCCAUACCCUCUCCUCUCCUUAUCUUAUCCAACUAUCGUCGCUCAUAAUUGCCGCCCAUCCUCCUGGUCCCUGCUUACCUGGCUUGUCCGUUUGCUGUUUCUCUUGCCACUAUUAUCCCUUAAUGAUCGCCAAGAGCAGCCCAUUCCUAGAUCUGAGCUGAGAAGUGGGAAGGACAACGGAAAAAACAGAAGGAUACAUUUGAUUUUUUACCAGGGACACCAACGCUCCAAGACGCUGGUGGUGCAAGGGAGUGUUGUAAGAGUUGCCUGCAAAAGUCCCUCUCUGCUUUGGCCCGAACUUGUCAUAGCUACGGAAGUAUAAGGUUGGCCAUUCCAUCGGCCAACGGCCCCCUACCAUCCACGAGGAAUAAGCAGCGUUAUUCCCAAUCGAUAUACAUGUUUGGAGGGAUUGAUUUGAACACUUGCUCGCCACAGAUGCCCAGUGCGCCUCUGGUAAUCCGUUCGCAUCAUAAUACAUUCGUAUUUUUACCUUUCAAUCCUUGAAUAAAGCUACUUAGGCCCGUGCUGUUUUAUAUUCUUAUCCUGUUAAUCGAUAUAGCCUUGCGCUCAAAUUGGUGUUGAUCACUGAGCUCCUCGUUCGAGCUAUUAGCAUAAAGGCUGUGAAAUACCCCCCCUCCCCCUUACGGAACGGUAACCACUUACCCCCUACGUUCCUUGAACCUGGUCACGGCGGACCGGAUAAGACAGAAAACGUCUCUUGGGGAGUUUUCAAGUUCAAGCACAAUGUUGUCAGAUGUCAUGGCACGUCAAAACUCUGUCGAUACUCAGCCUGGACAGGAGCUUGUUUCUAUAAGUGAAGUCGCGCCUGCCACUACUGCACCACCUCCAUCAACAUCCAGUACAGCUGUUGACAAUGAGAAGCAGCAGACUGAAAAUCCCGAUAUUCCUCCACCAAAAACCGACAAGCCUAGACCUCAUGGUUGCACAACGUGCGGCAGAAACUUUGCCCGGCUAGAGCACUUAAAGCGUCAUGAGCGGUCUCAUACCAAAGAAAAGCCAUUUGAAUGCCCGGAAUGUGCCAGGUGCUUUGCGCGAAGAGACCUCCUUUUGCGGCAUCAACAGAAGCUCCAUAUGACAACCACGCCCUCAUCCCGGCCUAAAAAUGCGCGGCGAGAAAGCACCAGCGGUGUCGGGCCUGGAGCAACUCGGGUCCGCAAAAAUUCCAUUGCGAAUAAUGGAAACACCGGUAAUAGUAUGAGGCCGCGAGCGAAUACCAUCAGCCAUCUUGAUCGUUCGUCAAUUGGGAUUAUAGGUGUUGGAAAUCCAGCUGGUUCAAGGCCACCUUACCCUACUCACACCAGCCAUCCGAGUUUAAGUUCGAUACCUGGACUUCCAGAAUACGGGUUCCGGGGUCUCCCUUCCGAGCAGCCAAAUACCAAUGGCUUGACAAAACUAGAUACUGGCAUUCCUAUGGACUUGACUAAUGGGCUUCGUACUGCACCCGUUUUUGGUAGCUUCAAUGAGGUGAACUUUGGCGACAUGAUGUUAAAUCAGGGGAGUAAUACCAUCAACCCCGCCCAGCUGCAUUUCGGAUCGCCUCAUCCUUUUGGUGGUGACACUCCGACCUCGCCAUUCCACCCAACGUUUGCGGGCAUGCCAACAUCACAGAGCCUGAUCGACGAUGACCUCAACCCGGAAUGGCUGCAUGGAUUUGAGAGUACAAUGACAUUCGCCAAUGCAAAUGAGUCCGCGAUUGAUGGUUCGUCACCUUCGGCUAUGAGCACAGGGAGCCAGAGUGGAAUCAGCGAAGUUAUGUUAGAUGGAUCGAACCAGGCUGUGACGAGCUCCUCGGGACCGUGGUCCAAUCCUCUCCUUGUCCAAACCCAAACUCCGACAAAUCAAUUCAACAUCGAUUUUACGUCCCCUUUUGCAGACAUGCAGCCUGAUACUGUCUCACCUAAGUCCCUGCUUGCACAGCACCAUUUUUCCGACCAGUCGUUCUCGACUCCCCCUCCGAGGGUUCAGCCUGGAUUGUCUGGACCACCAAAUAAUAUAUUCCAUCCCCCAAUGGUUACUAACGGAGAUAUAGGGGAUUCUUCCGGUACCGUUAGACUUAACAGCUUUGUACCAAAUUCCGCGCCGUCGAUAUCCACGGAAACCAUUACCGAUUCCACUCGCCAAGCUCUCUUAGCCAGUCUACAUCAGCCCUCUGGUAUUACCCAUCGUCGAUUCUCCCAGUCAUCUAGCACACAACUGACCAGCCCCGGCGCACUCCCCCAUCAACACUCCUUUAGCAGUAAUUCAUAUGUUCUCCCAAGCACGAUCGACCUCCAACGUUACAUUGCAGCAUAUGUGAACUAUUUCCACCCCCACAUGCCUUUCCUGCAUAUAUCGACUUUGGAUUUUGAUGCUCCCGAAUACGCUGGCAGCCUAAAGAAUCCUAAUGGACAAGUAAAUUCUGGCACGUCUACUAUUGCUGGUGGGGGUGGGUGUUUGAUUCUCUCCAUGGCAGCCAUCGGUGCCUUGUACGAAUUCGAAACCGCGACAUCCAAGGAGCUUUUCGAGUCUGCGAAGAAAAUGAUUCAGGUAUACCUUGAGGAGCGGAGAAAAGCAGAUAUGUCUGCGGCACUUAACCGAUCAAGCUCCCCGCGCGACAAUUCCGUUCAGAAUACACCUCUGUGGCUAGUUCAGGCAAUGCUGCUGAAUGUCAUAUAUGGACAUAAUAGCGGUGACAAAACCUCUGCUGACAUUGCGAGUACACAUUGUGCGGCUUUAGUUAGCUUAGCAAGAGCCGCAGAAUUGAUCCACCCCUUGCCAGCCGAAAACCUCCCUCCCGAUCAACUUGGAUAUCCCAUUGGAGGGAGUGAUAUGCAUAUGGAUGGGAUAAAUUCUCAAGCGUGGCAUGACCAUAGAGAAUGGAUGCGGUGGAAAAUAGUAGAGGAGCGAAAAAGAACACUUUAUGCCAUUUUUACUUUGUCCAGCCUUUUGGUUUCUGCUUACAACCAUGCUCCAGCGCUGAUGAAUUCGGAAAUUCGGCUCGAUUUGCCUUGCGACGAACAACUUUGGGCUGCGGAAUCCGCCCAAGCUUGGACGUCAUUGGGUGGCACUACAGCUCAUCAUAGGGGAAUACCGUUUUCUGUGGCACUGACAACACUUCUUACAGCUAGUCACCGAAGGCAAUCGGGCUCCCCACCACAGUCGCAUUUUGGCGCUGGCGCUGGCGCGCCCAGCGAAGAUCUUCCUCAAAGUGAUCUGAAACCGAGUACGUUUGGCUGUUUGGUACUGAUACACGCCUUGCAUAAUUAUAUUUGGGAAACUCGACAGCGACACAUUGGCCGCCCUUGGACGCCACAGGAGACGGAAGCAAUGCAUGCACACACUGAACCUGCUCUUCGGGCUUGGCAGUCGGCAUGGAGUGCCAACCCUAGACAUAGCCUUGAGCGGCCAAACCCGUAUGGGUUGGGACCUCUAUCGGCGGAUAGCAUACCUCUUUUGGAUCUUGCAUAUGUUAGAUUAUUCGUUAACUUGGGUCGAUCCAAGGAAGCAUUCUGGCAAAGAGAUUGGAACGGCAUGGCGGACGAACUGGCAAGAGGAGCCGACAUUAUUCAGCAUGCAGAUGAUCCUAGAGCUGACUAUCCCUCCCCGAACCAACUUGAGGGAGCAAACCAAGGUGGCGGCAGGCGAGCUUCCAUGGCUGAAUACGGCGUGGCAGACUUAACGCUCACUGGCAACGCGAAUCAAGAACGCAACAUGCAGAACAAUAUUUCUCAGCAGCAAAUGGCAGCAUCAAGACGCGAACGUCAUCUUCGAAAGGCAGCAUUUUACGCUGCAGACUCGAUAUCCAUGUCUGAUAAGCUAGGAAAUACCUAUGCUGAGUUCACGUCGCGAGAGCUUCCUAUCCAAAGCGCAAUGUGUGCGUUUGACUGUGCUCAAGUUUUGGCUGAAUGGGUAACCACAAUUCAAGAACGAAUUGGUCCAUAUCUAGGGAUUUUGGGACAGGAUGCGAUGGAUUUGACCCAGGUUCCUGGAAUAAUGCUCUUGGAAGACGAGGAUUACAAGCUUAUUCAAAAGAUACAAGAAAUACUCCACAAUAUUGAAGUGAAAAUGAAAGAUGCUUUGCAUCAUCCCGGUAAUUCUGGAAAUGAACCAUCGAAUUGUUUGCCCAGCUUGGUUGAUGGCGGUUUUGGUACAAAGAUCUUGUUCUCGACGGCGUAUCUUCUGGAUAGGGCAGCUGUUUGGCCAGUUACAAAGUUAAUGGCUCGGUCGCUCGAAGCCCAAGGGCUCCGGAUGAGAGAGAGGGCGAGGAACUCAGUCCUUGCUGGAUAAUUAGGAGAAGAACAUCAGGACCAUGUACAUGCCUGCUUCUCGCAUAUCGGCUCUGAGUUCCUGACUAAGGCCACCACGCGGAUUGAUCCCGGCCAAUGAAACUAUCCGCGUCGUCCCUCAGGACAUUUCUGCAUCUAAUCACACGUUGGCGUGUGAACGCAUCCCCGCCAGUCUGUACACGGGCAGUUUUGGCGCUUCACACAUAUCCGCCGCCCACCUGCUGCUGCUGCGGGGUGAUUUCAUAUCUAAGAUCCGAUAAAAAUUUCCUUUCACGCUCUGAAAAGUCUACCGGAGAUACUCGAUUUCGAACGCCCAUAACAUGAAAAAAUCUCCUUUUUCUUUUUUUUUUUUCCCCGCCUUCCGGAUUAACGAUCACGAAAUUUUCACAAUUGUCAUGUCAGCGGUACAGGGUUCGGUCUUAUUCAUCACAUCACAAAUGGACACAGUUUGGGAUUCAUAUAAAAACAACACGAUUUGAUAUAUUACUUAUUCCAAGAAAAAAUAAGGCUGGGCUUUUUCAUUUAUUGUAUUUUUCGGAUGCGGGAACAUUAAAAAAAGAAGAGAAGAAAAAGGGAAACAGGAAAAAAAGGAAUCGAAAAAACACCGGGAAAGCAGGAGUUCAUUUCCAAUCACUUAUGGGCGCCUUGCUUUGCAUUGCAUACAUGCAUACAUACAUACACACAACUUACAUUUAUACAUCGGGAUCCAGUUUCUGAAGAUUUAGUGCUUGCUGGUGGGGGCUGGGUAAACUUUCUGUUCUUUUGUGGGUGUUUUCUUAUUUCUUUCGUCUUUCCGCUUUACAUGUGCUUUUAAAGUACCCCCAAUGCGCGAUUACAUACUCUUGUCGAUAUAUUACCCAUGCUUCAGUUGCCUUUUUCUUUCUGACAAUGUGGACCUGGCGAAUCUAUUUUUGAUCUUCUUCUUUUUUAUGCCCCACGCUCAAGUCUCCCCGCUGUUAUAUUGUUCGAAUCUCGACACACACACACACACACACACACACACACACACGCACACACACACAGUCAGAAUGAGUAAUUUAUGCAUGCAUGGUUUUUGUCUACAGGAGGACUCGGUGUUUUAAUGUCACGAACUGAUGAUAUACUUGUUGACUUCUUUUUAUGUUUGGUUCUCUUUCUUUUAUUCUCACCCUGUGAUUUUUAAUGCUGAAUUAACUACCCCGCCCAUUUACCGUUCUUGAUUUUUAUGCUAGAAAACCCCUUUUUUUAAGCUCAGGGUCCUUGGAACUCCACUUCUGGGAUUCAAUAAUGGAUGCAAUGCUUGCAUACAUUAUUCAUCACUCCCACAAUUCAUUCAUUUAAUAUCUCGUUCCCACUUUUACACUUGUUACCAGUGCUACUAUGUUGAGUCGAACUGGUUGCCUUGGCGACUGCUAUUGAUUUGCCUUCUUCCUCUCCCCCUCUCUUUCAUUUAGCUUUCUCCUUCAAUCUUUUCUUUCAUCUACAUCUACAAUUUGAUUUCACAUGAGCUCUGCUAGCUUCAUACUUCUCCCCUCAUUUACCUUCUGAAUUUCCUUUUUUGUAUCAGAGAUUUCAUCAUGUCAUCAUGUUUAUGUAGAUACCCCCCUUUUUUCAAAACAGGUUCAGGAAUUUCAAGUUAAUACAGAUCAUGUUAUGUAGGUAGUUUUUUUGAAGAUUUGAUCUUCUAUCUAGUAAGCAAUCGGAGAUAUUAUGAGGUAUUUGUGAUUACUGUAUAUUCACUGAUACUAGAGCUAUCAAUGAAAGAUGGAGAAUGACAUGAAGAAAGUGAAAUAUAGAAUGAGAAUGUAUGAGAAAAACUCUGGUAGACAAUGUCUCACGCCGUUAGAUGUUCAAUUAUAGAAACAAAGCUCAAAAUUAAAUCGCGCUUCCAACGUGCUGAGAUAU